ACUGGGUAAUUAAAAAAAGGUGUUCUUGACCAUGGGUCAUCCACAUCUGUGGAACAAAUGUGUGUGUUAGGAAUAUCAAAGCCGUGAUAUAAAAAGCAUUCAUUAGUCAGUUGCGACUAGAGUGACGGGAGAGUUAUAGCUGGAGUAGCGAAUGAGUAGCGAGUGAUUAGCGAGUGAUUAGCGAGUGAGUUGCGGGUUAAUCGUUAUUCAGGAGUUGUCGAGUCGUUGUAAGUUGUAAGUUGUAAGUUGUAAGUUGUAAGUUGCCGAGUUGUCGUGAGUUGCUAAUUGAAUCCCCCCAUGAUGAAGCUGCCGAUCUCUUUGUCGAUAGUAUUAAUUUUCUCGCCGUUGAUUGUAGUUGGAAAUAUUAUUCCGAUCGACUACGAAACGACCAUGAAUGAGAUUUGCCAGAACGAAAGUUUAACAUUAUACUUCACUAGUUCUACAGAGAUUUAUGAAAACAGUAUUGUUUCUCCUACUCUAAAAUGUAUCACCAUAAAAGGUUACGUUCCUAAAUUCAAGGAUGGAGUUUUCGAAAACGUGCCAAAUUUGAAAUUCCUUAACCUCAGUAAUAAUAAGAUCUAUUCGGAUAACUUAUUCACUUUUGGUAGUCUUUCACACGUGAAAAUACUAGAUCUCAGUAAUCAAAAUGUUUACAAUAAUUAUAGACCAAACGUAGACGGCGUGUAUCCUGAACUUGAAUAUUUGAAUUUAAGAAAUGCUCGCAUAGACGGGUUAACAUCGUCACGGAAAAAUCAAUUUCCAAAACUGAAAUAUUUGGAUCUAUCAGAGAAUCUAAUAAAAUACAGAAUGUCUUUGUCGCUAGAUAUGCCCUCCACAUUAACGCAUCUUGAUCUGAGUAACAACGACAUUAAUCAAUUUUCAUUUGAACAAAUGGAAAAUCUGUUGUCGUUAACGUUAGAUCGUAACUCAAUUGUGUAUCUUGAGCCAUAUAGGGGUAUUGAUUUGACAGGGCUGGAAAAAUUGGAAAAACUGUCGCUAGCGUACAAUAAGAUCUCGUACAUUAGCGGUCAAGCAAUUGAAAAAAUGUCCAACCUUCGGCAUUUGGACCUUUCUAGCAAUUCUUUAUCGACUUUUGAUUUCGAUAUGCUUAAAUCGAUGAAAUCUUUAGAGAUUCUUGCACUAGAUAAUAAUUCGUUGGAUCGUGUUCCCGUAACAACAAGUCUAAACAUAACUCAACUCUCGUUAAAUCGCAACAAUAUACGUUAUUUAACGAUUAACACCUUUUUCUAUCUGCAAAGCUUAAAAAACUUAUCUCUAAGCGAGAAUAAAAUCGAGAGCAUCCAGGCGGACACGUUUCAGAACCAAGUGCUGUUAGAAGAGCUAUAUCUGAAUGACAACCAAUUAAGUUAUUUACCAACAAAUUGGUGUGAAUCAAUGAAAAUGCUGCGAUAUCUAAAUUUGGCGGGGAAUAAAUUCGCCUUGUUGGAAUCAGUGAUUUACUCUUCUAAUUUGCCCGUGCAACAUCUACACUUUGAACGCAACCCUCUUACGUACAUCAAUGGAAGUUUAUUUCGACUGAUACCAGAAAAUAUGACGAUUUAUCUAAACGUUAAUGUAACGUCUAAUAGACCGUCAAAUGUACGUGAUGUGUCAACUCUUGUCUCAUGGUACGCAUUCAAUCAUUCUUUGUCGUUUUACAUGUUAUUUCUUAAGACACAUAAUCAUGCAUCAAAGUUAUCUGUUUUUAUUUGUCUCUGUUCACAUCGACACAUUUCGAUAUGUAAUAAAAUCAUUAUACUGUUGAGUACGUUAAUAAGUAUUACAAAAUCGAUACCGAAAAUAAGUUGGGAAAAGGAUGCGGAUCGUACGUGGAUCACGUAUCGUAACGCGAUAAGUAAUAUAAAUUUCGUCGCAUGUUCCGAAGACGAAAGUAUUAAUCUGCAUGGACUGGGAUUAGAAAAGAUUCCUAAAGAUCUGGUGAAAAGCAAAGCAAUAGAAUCAAUAUUGUUACAUAACAAUAGUAUCCGAAAAAUACCAAUAGAUGCAUUCGCAGAAGCUCCUCUUUUGAAGUGUCUAAAUCUCGGAUAUAAUUAUAUCUCUUUCGAUAAUCUUGAGAUAAAGCACAAUAAUUUGAAAACAUUAAUUAUGGAUUUUCAAAGUAUACCAGAAACCAACGAUGUAACAGUUUUAAGACAGCCAAAAAUACGUUGUCCUAACGUUGAUACAUUGUCUUGGAGAGGAAUAACUCACGAAUUUCCUCUUUUGUGGAUGGAAAUAUUUCCAAAGUUAAAAAAUAUUUAUUUAUCCGACAGUCGAUACAUCCAAAUUGUUAACGAAACUGCCAUGUCUUAUUUACCGAAUUUGAGAAGUCUAUACUUAGAACGAAAUUCAAUUAGUGAAUUCAUUAUGGAUGAUCUUGGAAACAUCGAGACAUUGUAUUUGGAUGAGAAUCCUCUCGAGGAAUUUUGGAUCAAUCCAAUACGACAAAGGUUAAAAAUUUUAUCAUUAUCUAACUGUUCGUUGUUUAAUAUAUUUGAGUUAAAUAUUCGAUCCUUAGAAUCGUUAAAUUUAUCUCAUAAUCGAAUUCAUGUCAUACCGAUAGGCGUGUUCCAACACACGUUUUUAUUAGAAAAUUUGAAUCUAGAUAACAAUCAAUUAACAACAAUUCCUCCUAUAGAUCGCUUAAAUAAUUUGAAAACAUUGUCGUUAAAUUAUAACUUACUUAGCAAUAUUACGGAUAUAGUAACAUCAAGUACUUUAAAAACGUUGAAUCUACGCGGAAAUGAGAUAAAGAACAUCGACGUAAUAGAGAUGUGGGAUCUGAAAAUGUUAGAAUAUUUAGACAUAUCUCAUAAUAAAUUAGAAUCAUUGCCUCUGAAAUGGCACAAAGGCAUGAACAGGCUAAAAUAUCUAAAUUUGCAGUAUAAUAAUUUUAUAAGUAUAGAAAAUAUGUCAAUCUUUCACAUGAGUUAUUUGAAAAAAUUGUACAUAAAAAAUAAUAAUAUCAUGUAUAUAGAUCUAAAUACAUUAUCAAGUGUGCCAAAUAAUUGUACUAUAUAUGUGCUUUAAAAAUGUUAUUACUUUAUAACUUAAUAGUAUUAUAAUUGAUACCAUACAGUAUAAUAUAAUAACAGUUGUAAUUAUUAUAUCGAGAGUAAAAUCAUUUAUUUAGUGCUGGAAUAAAUUCGAAGAACUCAAGCCUGA